GCUGCAGCUGCAUCCAAUAGCAACGGUGUGACCACGAUCCCGUCCGGGUAGGAACACAGAGGAGGCAGCGACGAAGGUUCCGCUGAUUGUUUUUCCAGCCUCUCUCUGAACAGCUGACAGCAGAAGAAGGCCAGCUGAUCUAUUUAUAGCAGAGUCCCUCAGAGUCUCAGACCUGAUCUGUUGGAGUCCUGCUGCCUCGCAGCGCUGCACGCCGUCACACCACCAACACCUCCGCCUGCACCGUCCCCCAGCAUGCCCAGCAGCCAGGCCCGGAGCCGGGCCAGAGACCGCAACAACGUCCUGAACCGGCCUGAGUUUCUAUCCCUGAACCAGCCGCCUCGCAGGGAGCACGUGGCGGGGGAGACACGGGGGGGCGGCGGUCCACGGAGACCCGUCAGACAGCCGAGUCAGCAGGACGACGCAGCGGCAGCCAGGGGGUCCAGGGACUCCUCGGAGGGGGGAGCAGGAGGUGAUGGGGGGGCGAAGGAGGCGUCUCGCUGGCCGGAGCAGGACUGUAUGCAGCUGAAUCCGUCGUUUCGAGGCAUCGCCAUCAGCUCUCUGCUCGCCAUCGACAUCAGUCUGUCCAAGCGUCUGGGCGUCUGCGUGCGGCCGCACGGCUCGGCGGCCUCCAUGCGCUCCAUGGUGACCCUGCUGGCGCUCAGUGGACACGCCCUCCCCUGGCUCUGUGGCACGCUCAUCUGUCUGUGGAGGAGCAACACCAUGGCCGGACAGGAAGUCCUCGUCAACCUGCUGCUGGCUCUGAUCCUGGAUGUGAUGACGGUCGCUGGGAUGCAGAAGUUGGUCAAGCGCAGGGGACCAUGGGAUUUCCCUCCAGGGUUUCUUGACAUCGUUGCCAUGGAUACGUAUUCUUUCCCAGCAGCCCAUGCCAGCCGAGCCAUCAUGGUGUCCAAGUUCCUGCUGAACCACCUGGUGCUGGCGGUGCCCCUGCGGAUCCUGCUCUACCUGUGGGCGUUCCUGGUCGGCAUGUCCCGGGUGCUGCUGGGUAAACAUCACCUGUCGGACGUCGGCUGCGGCUUCGCUCUCGGCUUCCUGCACUUCAGGCUGGUGGAGUCCGUUUGGCUCGACUCUGCUACCUGCCAGACCCUCAUCUCCAUCGGCUCGCUGCGCUGGACACCGCUGCUUUAGACUGGGUUAACUGGGUUAACUGGUUUAGACUGGUCUAGUCUAUUUUGACUAGACCAAUAGUUCCAGAUUGGUCUGUCUGGACUCUGCUGCCGACCAGACGCUAACCUCCAGUGGCUCGUUUGGACCGGUUUGGACUGGUGCUGCUGGAAUUUGCUGCCUGCUAUGCUUUCUCCUGUAAUGUCUCUCUGCUGGACAUCAGCUGUUUCGAACACUUUAAUGGUUUUAAUGGUCACUCAGACAGAGGAGCUUCAAUAAAACUGGAUGUUAGCAACACAGCUAAUAACCUACGAGGUUCCUCCAUUUUGGACUCUCAGUGCUCUCAGACGUCAACUCUGCUGUUGGUCAACAGGGUGAAUUUUCUCGCUCUGGUUUGUUGUAUUUUUGGACUAUUUUUACUGUCAACCUAAAUCUUUGUUCCUAAUAGUCGUCCCUGCUGGAACAUUUAGAUUCAACCUUUCAAGGAGCCUGUUGAAGUCAGGAUCGUUACCUGCAUGUCGACCUGCUUCAGACUUCAGUCUGUUUAAUUAGUUUAAUGAAGCACGUUUCUGACCAACCAGCAGCUCUAACUCGAGUCUGAAGCACCUUAAAGUGCCGAUAACGGCCGUUAGAUCCUCCAACUGACUCCCAUUCAAAAAGCUUCUCUCUAGAAACACUGAGUCAAUCAUUGUUUUCAACGAGUCAUUCUGG